GGUUUGGUGAGAUUAUCAGUGCACAGACAGGCCAGCUCAGAGGCAAAACACACAUUCAGUCCAACAGACAACACACACAUGUAUGCAUCUACACACUGACACACAUUUCCAGUAAAAGUUCUCCAACCAAUGCUCCUGUGUCUGCAUAGAAAUCUUCCUUCCCCACAUCCACGUGCAGCAAAGACAUACAGAGCAAAUCUGAGAGGGAUUUGCAGAACUGGGUCUUCUUCAGCUUGUAAAUAAACUCAUUCAGGCUGCACAGAUUGAAAAAGGGCCUCCAGGGCAAAGAGAGGAAGAGGGGGAGAGAGCUGCAGACACGCAAAGAUCCUCCCUCCUCUUUCAAGAGAGGAAAAAAGACGGAAGAGUGCAACCACAGACGGCCGGCCACACUGAAGCUUUCUCAGCUGUUGCCGUGUUUAUGGAGGGAUCCAGGACUUCAGCAAAUUUCUACUUCAGCUCCAAUUUUCUGCUGAGCCACAGACGAGUAAAUAGAGAAGAAAAUUGAGGAUCAAGAGAAAGAGAUUAUUGCAAAAGCAAGGCUUCUGCUAAAUAACAGCCGACAAGACAUUUUUGGAGGAGAAAAAGAAAAAGGUAACCAUGCCAGCAGGAAGACACCAGUGGGAGAGCGUUGUCUUGUUUGCACAGGUUUUGUUGCUUGUUCCGGGGGUCCACAGGGUCCAGGCCUGCUGGAUUGGCACAGGACCAGAGUGUGAGAAAGCUCCUUUUGUCCCUGGCCACAACCUUGCAGGCGAGGGUUUUGAUGUGGUGCGGCUGCGUCGAACGGGAGCAUACGUCAUCAAUGUCAAAGCUCACCUGUCAGACAACCACACCUGCACGCUGUGUCCGAACCGCUUCCAGGAAGGACAGGUUCAGAGGCUACCAUCAUCAGUGCUCGACUGGCGGCCUUUUAGUCGCUGCAGUAAGCAGCUUUCCAGUGCGCUCCACCACUCUGUGGAGUCCCUGCUGCGCAGCUCCAACUCGCUGGUGAACAACAACUGGGGGUUGGGUUUGAGCCUCGACAGCAUCGGCCACGGGGUGCUGGGAGGAAGUCGCUCGGAUUUGGCCAAAUUUGCCCGUUCGCAGCACAGUGUGGACAAAGCCACAUUUGCCCUUCACGAAAUCAGCUGCACCUACUACAGCUUCAGGCUGGCCGAUCAUCCUCAGCUGAGUGCAGAGUUCAUCAAGCAUCUGAGAAGACUCCCGCCGACUUUAAACUCCGACCAGAACAAAGCCUCAUACAGACGACUCAUCGACACCUAUGGAACACAUUACAUCCAUCAGGUCCACCUUGGAGGAAAGGUGAGGCGGAUCACUGCCUUCCGGACCUGCCUGGCCACGCUGAAGGGCUUCUCAGAGACAGAAAUUAAAAACUGCCUCAAUGUUGAGUUGCGGGUGGCGUUGGGCUUCAUCCCUGCCAACAUGUCUUUCUCCAACAAGUGCGAUGGCCUCCUGAAAGGCAACAUGAGCAUGGGCUUCUACCAGGGAUUUAUGACUCACAAGAUUGAGGUGAUUGGAGGGGAGAGGUACUUUCCUGACAUCCUCUACCAGCAGGACCCAUUGGACGCGUACCACAGCUGGAUGAACAGCCUUCAUGACAACCCCGACGUGGUUUCCUAUGCUAUCUUCCCCUUGCAUCACUUAGUGGAAGACUCACAGGUCAGUGCUAACCUGAGAAGCAUGGUCACAGAGUACAUUAAAGAGAACCAGCUGCAGGAGGACCUGCUGGGACUGAAAAACUGUUCUCCGACUCCCAACCUGGAUCAUAACUGCUGUCCAUUGAGGGCCGGAAGAGGAACUCUGACAGUGGAGAUCCACAGAGGAGCAGGACUGAAGGCUGACACCUUUACAAAAACAGACGCUUUUGUGAAGAUCUUCUACAGCGGCAUGUACGAGGAGACCGAGACGGUGAUGGAUAACAAUGACCCAGUGUGGAACGCCACCUAUGAAUUUGGUUCGGUGGAACUGGGUCAGCCACUGAGGUUUGAAGUUUGGGAUAGAGACGUGCUUUACAACGACAUGGCAGGGACGUGUCUCGUCUAUCCCGAGAGAGGAAGGCACUCUGUGGGCUGCAAACUGCGCAAAGGAGUCUUCUAUUUCAGCUACUCCAUCACAUGCGACGCCCACUUGACAGGGUUCAGAUGUGGAAGGUAUUCUCCAAAUGCUGAGUAGAGUUUAUUAUGUAAAUGUAAAACACAACUUUUCUCAAAUUUUGAGAGUUCAUUUUUUACUGAAAAAUGUCCUUUUCUCACAACAAAUAAUAAUGCUAAAAUAAUUGUUAUUUAGUAAAUAGAUUUCUAUAAUCUUCUGUCAUUUACUUUCAUUGUUACCAUUGACUGUAUAUGAGAAGUGCAUUGAGUAAGUGUGACGUCACCCACAGAAAACAGUCUACUUUCAGCUUCAACAAAAUUAAGUUAAUUCAGUCGCCAUUUUUUUCGUGAAACGAAUGCCGCCAUGUUGGAAUCAGACAUCGUUAGUAAGCAGUGAUUGGUCUGAGUCAAUCUCCAAUACGGAGUGAGCUUUUUAAAAGUCCACACCAGCAGGUUUUUGAGAAUCUGGCAAAUUUUUGAUUGGUCAGUUUAUAACUUCAAUAUCUUAUGAUAAUGAAAGAAAAAAAAAUCUGAAUUAUCAAGAACAUGCUAAAAAAUGUUUCAGUGCAAGAAUAGUUAUUCUGACAAAUAGAAUGACUGAGUAAUAGCAGUUUAUUUCUCAAAAAAAAAUCUAUGGGUUUUGGAUUUUUGGAGCCAGCUAGUACUUCUUGUUUAGAACCAGAGGGGGGAGGGGUCAGUCCAGUUUUUCUUAUAAAGCCAACGAGUUUAACUGAUAAAAAGUACAUUGAUAAGCUAAAGCAAUAUGUUUGAAAAAAGGGAGUAGAGAAAAAGUACAUUUAUUUUAAAUAUUUUGUUUGUGCAGUUGUUGUGAAGUUGUGUUACUGUAAGGGACAUUUACUUACAAGGAACUCAUUUUGGGGCCAAGAAACAGCCCUAAGUAUGACUUUAACCAGGACCAAGUCCAUUUUUGCUGAUAGAGUCUUAAAAUAUCUUACACGUCUCGAUGCGGUGGUUUACUUUGGACUGUUACAAAGCACUUAGAUCAGGGUCUGCAACCUUUAACACUAAAAGAGCCAUUUGUGCAAAAACCCAGCGAGGGCAUCACAGUCCCACCUCACUCCUUAUGUUUUUGUAGCCAUAGCUUUUAAAUAUUUUCUACAACUUAAUCAUGUGUUUUUAUAUAUAAAAACAAAGUUCCUCAUGUUAUUCUCACGAACAACUCUAACAAUAGAUUAAAUCUUAUCUGACAUGUUAGAAAGUCUAAACAUAAAUGAUGAAGUUUAAUUAACAAAAAAACAAAUUACAAAUCCAUUAUUUAUUUAUUGUGUUUGUCUUUUUCUUCAAAGCCAGAAAGCCACAGUGGAGGGAUGAAAGAACUAAACUCAUGUGAAGCACUUAAGAGCAACAGUUUCACUGAAGCAAAAAUAAGUCAGUUUUAUCACUGAAUGUUCAUAACUGGAGAGGAAAGUCAACAGGUGACUCAAGGGGAAUACCAGGGAAAGGCAAACAUUGGCUCUGCACAACUUUGACAAGUUUUUCUUUAUUUUUGGUAUACUGGAGUAGAAAGCAUGCUUUGGAUGGGUAAAAAUGGGGGGACUUUUCCUUCUAUCCUUCUAACAUCUGUUUUCCUGCGAUUUUCAGUGUCGUAUUUUCUUAAAAAUGUGAGCUACUUCUUGAUACUGUAAAAAAUAAACAAUAUAAAAAAAAAUC